AUGCCGUUCUGGAAGAAAGAUCCUGUGAAAAAAGAUAUUUAUACCAAUGUUGCCGAAGGUUUACGGCAAGUUUACAAGACGAAACUAUUACCACUAGAAGAAGCUUAUAGAUUUCAUGAGUUUCAUUCUCCACAACUCGAUGACAGCGAUUUCUCAGCAAAACCAAUGGUACUUCUUGUUGGACAAUACUCCGUCGGAAAAACAACGUUCAUACGUUAUUUAUUAAAUGAAGAUUUUCCGGGUAUUCGUAUUGGUCCGGAACCAACAACAGAUUCCUUCAUUGCCAUCAUGCAUAAUGAACAUCCAGGUACUAUUCCUGGCAAUGCUUUAGUUGUCGAUCCGACGAAACCGUUCCGACCAUUGUCGAAAUUUGGUAAUGCGUUCUUGAAUCGUUUCGUGUGUUCACAGUUACGCAAUGAAGUACUGGAAACUGUGACAUUUAUUGACACACCUGGUAUCUUAGCGGGUGAAAAACAACGAGUUGAUCGUGGUUAUGAGUUCACACAUGUUCUGGAGUGGUUUGCUGAUCGUUGUGAUCGCAUCUUACUUCUCUUCGACGUCUCGUCGUUGGAUAUUUCCGAUGAGUUGAAACGUGCGAUCGAAGUUUUACGACGCAACGACGACAAAAUACGUAUUGUGCUGAAUAAAGCUGAUUCCGUUGAUCAUCAAGCUUUGAUGCGAGUUUACGGUGCAUUGAUGUGGUCUUUAGGAAAAGUACUUGGAACACCUGAAGUUUGCCGAGUUUAUGUUGGAUCAUUCUGGUCAAAGCCAUUGAAUUUCGAUUCAAAUCGACGUUUAUUCGAGUUGGAGACCAAAGAUCUAUUCGAUGAUUUAGAAUCACUACCUAAGACAGCAACACUGCGCAAGUUGAAUGAUCUGAUCAAGCGUGCUCGUUUGGCUAAAGUACAUGCAUUGAUUGUCAGCGAGUUGAAAGAUAGCAUGCCGAGUGUAUUUGGUAAAGAUUCAAAACGCAAAGAAUUGAUCAGUAAAUUGCACCUUGUCUACGAAAAAAUUCAACGUGAACACAAUAUUCCAUUAGGUGAUUUUCCAAAACUCGAACGCAUGCAAGAGUUGUUACGAAAUAUGGAUUUCACAAAAUUCAAACCAUUGGACAAGAAAUUACUUGAUCGCGUGGAUAAAAUGCUUGCUGAAGAUGUGCCAAAAUUAAUGAGUAUGAUUCCACAAGAAGAACACAGUUAUUUACAAUUACAGAGUCAAACAACACAUCACACAACUUCCACGUCAAACACGAUCUUUACGGACCAGCAAGCUACACCAUUUGAACUCGGUGGUGUCGAAGGUAUCAAUGCAGGUGUUGGCGAAAGCGAUUGGAUUGUGACACGAUCAAGACAUGAAUACGAUCAAGUAUUUGCCUCGCUAUCACCGCAGAACGGCAAAAUUAGUGGUGCAGCAGCUAAACAGGAAAUGAUUAAAUCGAAACUGCCGAACAACGUUCUCGGUCGUGUGUGGAAAUUGAGUGAUAUUGAUAAAGAUGGCAUGCUCGACAUUGAUGAAUGGGCACUUUCCCAACAUUUAAUUAAAAUCAAACUUGAUGGUCACGAACUUCCCAAUGCAUUACCCGAUCAUCUCGUUCCUCCUAUAGUGGCGAACAACAUUCAAAUGGUGAUAGUUAAUUUUGUAGUUUCUUCGAUUAGUUGA